AAAUUAUAUUAUAAAGAAUAAUUAAACUUAAGAAAAAACUCGAAAACAAAUUAAUAAAUAAAACAAAAUGAGUGACGACGAUAGAGAUAUUGACAUUGAAAGUGAUGAUGAUAAUGAUUCCGAUGCUGGAGGUUCUAAGCAGAGACACACUAGCACACAAAAUUUUACCCAAGAAGAAAAACGGGCCCACCAUAAUGCUUUGGAACGUAAGAGACGUGAUCAUAUCAAAGAAAGUUUCACCAGUUUAAGAGAAGCUGUACCCUCGUUAAAGGGUGAAAAGGCAAGUCGUGCCCAGAUUUUAAAGAAGACCACAGAAUGUAUACAAAUUAUGAAAAAGAUUCAAGCUAAUCAAAAAGAUGUAGAAGAUAUUAAAAAACAAAAUGCUGUACUAGAGGCACAAAUACGUAUGUUGGAAUGUGCAAAGAAUGGCUAUGUUAUUGAUCCCACAGAAUAUCAACAGUUGACCAAUGGUGAUCAAACAUUACAACACGACAGUUCGGAUGGUGAUGAACAAGAUUUUAGUCGUCGUAGUAAAAAAAUGAAAACGUCUUAUCAGGCCUAGUAACUAAUGCAAAAAUUUGAUGAUAUGAAAGUUUAGAGAUGUUAUAACUUACAACAACAAGAA